AUUAGUUAUAUAUUCAUAUUUAUUUUGAGAAAUUUCAAAAAUUAGUGAUUUCUUAUUAUGAACAGAUUAUAUUAAUUAUGACAUCCUCAAUCUGUAGAGAUAAAAUUGAAUAUAUUUAUCAAUUGCCAUUUUUUACGCGAUCGGAACUUUGUAAAAUACUCAAUCAAAAUGACAAGUGGGAAGAACUUGGUGGAAUAUAUAUGAAAUAUGAUGUAUUGACGAUACAAACUUUAAGAAAAGAAAAAAAUCCAACAGAUGAAUUAUUAACAUUAUGGGGACAUCACAAUCAUACUAUAUUGGAAUUAUUUGUUUUACUAUCAAGAAUGCAGCAUUAUCAAUCUAUGUUACCAUUAAUACCUUUUGUUGAAGAAAAGUUUCACAAAUUACUUUACAAUGGUGAAGGAAAUUUUCAUAGAUUACUUGGAAAACAGUUAAAUAAAAAUACAAAAGAUUUAAAAAUAGGAAAGCAAAAUUUUAAUCACAUUGCAUCACCAGAACCAAAUGUACCAAAAAUUACUGUAGAAAAAAAUACUAAGGAAGAAUCUUAUAAAAUUUUAAAUAAACCAAUGCAAGCUAUACAUAUUGGAAUUAGUCCAAGUAAUUCUAACAAUUUACUUGUUGCUUCUUUAGCAGCAGCAAAUCCUUUACCAGUUUCUUUAUCACGUAUUCCAACAAAUAGAAAAAAAGAUGAUAAUAUUUUGAAACCAGAAGCAACUAUACCUUGUGUUAUUUAUAAUGAAUUGAAUAUAGCUACCAAUGAAUGGAAUAAAAAUAAUAUAUUAGGAAGAGGUGGUUUUGGAACUGUAUAUAGAGGUAUUUGGAAAAAUACAAAUGUAGCUAUCAAAAAAAUAGAAAAAAGAGGAGCAGAUUCUGAUGAAAGUUUUGUACUUCAACUUCAACAAUCUCUUAGAGAAAUUAAAAUUUUAAAUUUUUGUCGGCAUGAAAAUAUUUUACCAUUAUAUGCAUAUAGUAUAGACAAAGUACCUUGUCUUAUUUAUCAACUUAUGAAAAAUGGAUCUUUAGAAGACAGAUUACGAAUGAGACAGAAAAGUCAACCAUUAUCCUGGAUUCAGCGUCAUGAAAUAGCUAAAGGUACUGCUUGUGGAUUACAGUAUUUACAUACAAUUGGAGAAAAACCUUUGAUACAUGGUGAUAUCAAGAGUGCUAAUAUUUUACUUGACAAAAAUUUUGAACCUAGAAUUGGUGACUUUGGUUUAGCAAGAGAAGGUCCUGAAAAUGAUUCUAUGAAAGUAAGCAAAAUUCAUGGUACUAGACCAUAUCUUCCAGAAGAAUUUUUACAUGAACGAAAAUUGUCUACAAAAGUAGAUACAUAUAGUUAUGGUAUAGUUUUAUUUGAACUAGCUACUGGUUUACCAGCUUAUGAUGAAUCUAGAUUAGAAAAUAAAUUCUUAAAAGAUUUAAUUGAUACAUUGGAAGAUGAAGAUGAACUUAUUUUAUUAACAGAUAAAAAAGCAGGUGAGAAAGAUAAGCAGGUUUUUAAAAAUUUUAUAGUCUUAGGAAAGUGGUGUAGUAAUCAUAUGGCUCAAAAUAGGCCUGAAAUGUAUGAUGUAUUUAAGAAAUUAAAUGAUUUAUAAUUUAA